AUGGCUCUUCUUCUUCUUCUUCUUCUGAUCCUCCACAGGGCCAACCUGGUGGAUGACAGUCAUCGUUACCGUGGCCCUACGGCGGCAUGGAACAGAGUCUCCGCCAAAUCUGCCAGCGUUCGGCAGAUGCCAGACGGAGGAGUGACGGUCCGCUGUGGGAGGCUGAGACUGACUCAGGUACCUGUCGACCUCUCUAACCUCACCAUCCGUCUGUUUCUGGAUAAAAACCUGCUCCGCUCUCUGCCAGCCGACUCUUUCUCGGAUCUGUUCCUGCUCGAUGAGCUCGACCUGUCGCACAACCAGCUCUCCUCACUGGAAGCUGGUUGUUUCUGUGGUUUGGCGUCCUCGCUUCGUUUCCUAGACCUCUCGUCCAAUCGGCUGUCUAUGUUGGACCCGGCGGCACUCGGUGGCCUGCGUGCUCACGCCAACCUCACACACAACCCCUGGCACUGUGACUGUCGGAUGCAGCUGUUGACGCCUCAGUUGGAUCUGGACCCAUCGUCUCUUGCUGAAGUCGUCUGUCAAACCUCUGACCUCCCAAACCUCGGUAUGUUUACAUUCGUCAGCCAAUCAGUGUGCUAA